UCUACGAUGCUCGCGAACAAUAACGUCUGGAUCUCUGGAUCCACGUGGAUCUAAACUGAUCCUGCGCAACUUCAACCACGAUCCUGACUCCCGGAUUGAGACAGAAGUUGUGUGAACUCCGCGGUGGCCGGCCGACGCGAUUCAGUAUUAUUGUGGCUGUGUUUAAUUUUCGAUUUCGCUAUGCUGUCCGAACUGUUUCGAAUGAUGGAAAGGCGAUUGUUUAUGCUGUUACGGUUUUGGGCCAUUUUUCAAAUGGUUUUCGCUGUGCGCGGUCGGCACGUCCGAAACAUUGAAUCGAACGGAAUAUCAGUUUUGAACGGGGCAGAUCUUAAUCAAGAUGGUUUGCCUCGGUUUACCGAACCAAUUCCCAAUGUAACAGUCACCGUCGGCAGGGACGCCCUCCUGGCCUGCGUUGUGGAUAACCUGAGGGGGUUUAAGGUAGCUUGGGUACGCGUCGAUACACAAACGAUUCUUUCAAUCCACCACAAUGUGAUAACUCAAAAUCCCAGGAUAAGCCUAUCAUACAACGACCACCGAUCGUGGUAUCUUCAUAUAAAAAAUGUACAGGAAGUGGAUCGGGGAUGGUAUAUGUGUCAAAUCAACACGGAUCCGAUGAGAUCAAGACAAGGAUAUCUGCAAGUUGUUGUACCCCCUAGCAUCAUAGAUCGCGAGACAAGCUCCGACAUGGUUGUUUUAGAAUCGACUAACGUCAGUUUGACUUGCAAAGCGACUGGAUAUCCUGAACCUUACGUCAUGUGGCGAAGGGAAGAUGGCGAGGACAUUCGCUACAACGGAGAAAAUGUUAAUGUGGUUGACGGCGAGAUCCUCUUCAUAACAAAGGUCAGUCGGCUUCAUAUGGGAGCCUAUUUGUGUAUAGCAUCGAAUGGCGUUCCCCCUUCAAUCAGCAAGAGGGUUCAAUUGAAAGUACAAUUUCCUCCGAUGCUGUCCAUACCUAAUCAGCUCGAGGGUGCUUACAUCGGUCAAGAAGUGACGCUGGAGUGCCGGACGGAAGCUUUUCCUACUUCCAUCAAUUACUGGACCACAGAACGAGGCGACAUGAUUAUAUCAGGUAGUGAUAAAUACGAGGCUGUGUCUAUGGACAAUGGAUAUAAAAAAUACAUGAUGCUCAAGAUCCGAAAAAUUAACAAAAACGAUUUCGGAUCGUACAAAUGUGUGGCCAAAAACUCAUUAGGAGAAACUGAUGGGGUAAUAAAAUUGGAAGAGAUCCCAGCUCCGACGACGAUGAAGUCAAUCACGUAUCAUGCGACCUCAUCACAUAUCAAAAAGGGUACGAGGCGCGGUGAUCGUCAGGACUCCGAGGCAGACAACUCCAGGAAGUUUGACGAAUCCAGAAUAUCAGGAGAGUAUGACGACGAUGGUGAAUACACUCUUCCCUCAAACGGUCCUAAUCCUAUGGGCGAACCACCCGCAUCCCUUAGUGGGACCUUAUCUUCCGGAUCUUCCGCGGCAUUAUGUUGCAUCUUCAUCAGUUUGCUGCUUUACGCAUUUAGUAUAAAUUGCAGAUGACUAUAAUUUAACAGACGUACUCCAUAUCAAAGCAAACCGAUAACAAUGUAGGUGUUAUUCCUUUUCAGCAGUAGUCGAAAUGUGAAAAUGUUUUUCGGUAUAUCAACACUCUCUAAUAACUUCUGGAUUCAGAGACUUCUCUGAUGUUAUUAUCUUAGAGUCUUAUUACUCACAACCAGCAAUUUUCAAACAAUCAUUUUCGAAUCAAAUCAUGAACUUUUCAAAUAAACUUUAAUCACUGGCUAUGGUCCAAAGUUAGAAAAUUGUUUUCAUCAUUUAAUAGAUAUAAUCGUUUCACAUAUCUAAAAAGUGUGUCUAUAAUUGUAGGUAAAAUUUAGUUUCAUAUAAUAUGAGCUAUAAGUAAAAUAAUAGAAUUCUAGGAGACAAAUUCGAAAUGAAAAAUGGGAAAACCCCUAAGUAAUGCACUAGUGGCAUCCGGACGGUGUAUGGACUGAAGAUUUUUGAAGAAAAAAAUGAUGCUCUAAGCUUAAAAUACCUACUCAAUUCAGAGAAAAUUCGUUCUUUUCACAUUUUUGACAGUUUUGGUUAGUUAAAUUUUUAAUACAAUCAAAGACCAGAUUGUGUCCUUUUUAAAAAAGAAGAAAGAAAAAUUCUUAUAAAGGAAAUAUGUCAAAACAUGGUCUUUUACCACAAAUAAAGUUUGACAUCUCGCAUUUUGAGUUCUACACGCAGUGAUUGAUGGAUGAACAAUUUUCCGGGAUAUCAUCCAUCCGUUUGUUGAAUUCCAACUGGAAUCCCCCAGACGUUUCGCCAAGCUCAAAUAAAUUCGUCUAUCAAAUUCAACAACGAACUAAUGAAAACCCGGCAUUAUUUUUACCGAUGCGUAAAUAAAUUGAUAAGUUGGAAAUCUGAAUCAGUUACUACCUCUUGUUAGCAGCUCAACAAGAAAUAACGCGAUUAAGUGCUGGUUUUGAGUUUAACCAAAUGUUUGAGGGCAACCGAAUUCACAAGUCAGGUUCAAAGUUUAUAUUUGGGCGAGGGUACUAAGGAUUCGUGAUUUAUGUGUGGAAUUGCAAAAGUUGAAAUUAAAAAGAUUCCGAAAACUCUGGUCCAUAUUUUACAUUACCCUAAAAGCCAAUAGAGAGGGACAAAAACGCCUCGGCAACGAGCCGGUGACGAAUGUAAGCUGCUAAAUUAGCCAGUUAGAAAGAGCGAUAAGAACAAUAUAACAGACCGAAAACUUUUGUCAUUUGUAGCGACCGCUAUUUUUAUAUACAAAGUUUUGGCGGCGAAUCUUUGGAAAGGAGAGUGAAAAUUGAGAUUCUAUUUGAGGAAAUUAAUUCUUCAAAAAGUUCUACUCAUUAUAAUGCCGCGUUUGCGAAUACGGGUAAAUGUAGUAUGCUGGUGAAACGCACUUACUGAUACAAGGAAAUAACUUUUUCUCAUUUUCUGCGGGCGUUAGGUGAGAUAUUUGAUGAUAAACUUAAAUGAAUCAUAAUUUCUCAACAUGAUAGUAAAAUAGUCACAAUCUCCUAGUUUCUUCACUCAAUUGGAUCAAUCUAAUUUAAAAACUAUGUUAUGGCCAAUUAUUAGCGAUUUUCAGUUUAUUCACAACUAUUCCUUCAUAUAAGUAUGCUGUUAUGACUUCUUCGGAGGACUGUCUGAAAAUUAGAGACUGCUCUGUAAACAUUUUAAAUACCUCUGGAGGCGGGCUAAAGGAAAAAGGUCGAUUGUGAAGAAGGGGGGGGGGGUGUCUGCAAUACUUUGACGGAUGACUGUUUCCCAAAUUGAAAUAAAUUAAUUCUCAACUCUAGAACCAACACUUAUCUUUCUUUUUUCAAAUGUAUGUUAUUUGAAUAUAUUAUAAUAUAUAAUAUAUAUUAUUUGUAUAUCAGUUCCAAAUGUAUUCAGCACGUGUGGUCGAUGUUGUCUUUGGUCCAACAUUUUUUCACAAAAGUACGUGAAUUUAAAUUAUUUGUUUUCCAUAAGUUUUAAUACCAGGAAGUAAGUGACCAUUUAGAUUUUGAUACCUCUAAAUUUGUCAGACACCUUUCUCUGUUCUAUGCAGUAUACUUCCGCAGCUUAAAACCAUUUGUUGAUUAAUGUAGCCACAUUUCCAACGAACUUUAACAAAGAUAAGAAGGGAUAGUCUGAAUUUUCUCAUAUUGCGGUCGACUCAAACAGAAGGCGGUGGUAAAUUCCGAUAGGCAAAUUUUACAAGGGGUGUUAAAUUUGUGGCGCCGUCCAGCCACUGCGGAUUUUGAAAGCGAAGAAUCACCUAGAUGUAUUAUUCACUUCGCGUGUCAAUGUUACCCAUGUGAAAUAAAACUCAAGCCAUUUCAUAAGCGAUACAAGUGAUGAAGUAUAGAUAGAAUUUAAUUAUUUCUUCGUUUAUUCAACAGAAUUAUUCUUUUGCUAAAGUUAGGCUAUGUAUGAGUUAUUCAUUUCUAUUAUAUUAAUAAUAAUAUUAAAUGGUAUUGUAUAAUGCAUCCCACUAUAAACUCGUCAUAAGUGUUGUUGAGAUCAAUAACAUUAGAAACCUAUAUAAAAUUCAGCUCUUAAUAAUAUUUGAAUUUUGUAAAUAUUUACGGCCUUAUUUACUGAACCAAUUAUACCACCAUGAACUACUAAGUACUAAUAAAACUCAAAAAGGAUUUCCCAUUCAUGAAAGUUUUUAGAAAAAUUCUCUCUUAUGUUGUAACAAAUUGGGACUACAAAAACCAUACCUACAGAACGUUUGCCGAAGUCCUACUUAUCUUUGCUAAUGUUGAGUGAUCUUGUGUAGUAGAAUAUAACAAAAUAGGUUAGGGUUAAUGGCCAAAACAUAAUUUCGAAAAAUGUGUGAGGGCUUUAACAAAAAAAACGACAAACCGCCAUAAUUAUUCUUUAUUGUCUUGAUAGUUUUGAUACUUUUAACCCUGUUGGGAUACCCUAUUCAAUAUACAACAAGUAAUUUUAAAAAGAUAACUUGAACUUUUUCAAAGCCUCAUAUUUUAGUAAAAAGUAAUCUAAAGUUUCUGAAAAUUUGAGCAAAAAAAGGAAACUCAAGAUUGGCAAUUGGCAAUAACUUCAUGCAAUCUCGGAGAAGUACAAAUCUUUUUUGGUAGCGAUUAGAAAUUGUGUUGUCAUGUGAUUAAAAUGUUUAAAAUGAAAUACAUCGAAAUAUAUUAACGAAAAACAUUUUCACAUAAAUAACAUAAUGGUUUCGUGUAACAUAUCGACUAUUCUGAGACUGAUCCGAAAUGUUUUGUACAUAUUGUAAAAAGGUGUGUAAAGAAUUGUACUGUAUAAAAAUGUAAACAAACUGCUAAAAGUAAUAUGUACUUAUGUAUGUAACAGACUGCUUGAAACAAUAAAACUUAGUGCUACAACUACUAGAACAUCUAAUUUCGUUAAAAUUUCCGAUUGGGAUAAAUUAUUCCCACUAGAAGCUAAGUUCCUUUAUCUGAAUCAAAAGCUAUCUUUGCCUUCCACUAGACGCCGUAUUAUUUUUGUAGAAGAAUGAAAAGUUGUUCAAAAGUGAAUAUCGGAAUUUUAUUAUAUCAAUCUGUCAAAUAUCUUUAAGUCAAUUUCCUUAAGGAAUGAAACACUUUCUCAUAAGUAUAGCUUGCCGAAUAUUUUCGCUUUUGAACAAUCGCUCUACAAAUGAGUUCAUUCAUUUAU